AUGUUACAGGAGGCCAGUGAAGAAAAUUUGGAUAUUGAGAUGGCUCUUAGAGCCAACAACUCUAACUUAACAAUCACUUCACUUUCUCAAAUGACAAAUGAAUUAACUGACAUUGCUUUAGGUGAUAUAAUUGCACAAAAAAUGGAACAAUUUUUUCUUGCAAUUGAAAAUGGUGAAUCAUUUCCUGUUGAAAAAUUAAGAGAACAUCAUGUUAAAAAUUAUACUAAUAAGAAAAAAGAAACUUUUUUAAUUGCAGCAGCAAGAUAUGGUAAUUUAGAAACAUGUGAAAUUGUUAUUGAUGGUUCUGAUGUUCAUGCUAAAGAUGAAGAUGGAUUUACAGCAUUAUUAAAUGCCUGUCAAAAUGGUUAUCCUAAGAUUGUUAAGUUACUUCUUGAGAAAGGUGCAUAUGUUGAUGGAACUGAUAUGUAUGGAUGGACACCAUUAUUUUGGGCUGUAUAUAAUAAUCAUAUUGAAUGUAUUCAAGAAUUACUUGUUUAUUCACCAAGAGUUAAUUUAGUUGAACCUGAUGAUAAUUUAACACCAUUAAUUAUUGCUUCAGCACGUGGUUAUACAGAAUGUGUAAAAAUUUUAUUAGAUAAUGGUGCUAAUCCUAAUUCAAGUGAUAAAUUUGGAAGUACACCAUUAAUAUGGGCUAGUAGAAAAGGAUAUUAUAAAAUUGUUGAAUUUCUUGUUAAUUCCGGUGCUACUGUUGAUAAUAUUGGUAUGCACGGAAGGACUGCAUUAAUGUUAGCUGUAAAGGGCAAUUAUAUAAAAACAGUUGACAUAUUAUUAUCAAGAGAACCAAAAAUUAAUAUUGUUGAUUUAGAUGGUGUACCAGCAUUAGAAAUAGCAGCAAGAGAGGGUUAUAUUGAAAUAUGCAAAUCUUUAUUAGAUUCAGGUGCUUAUGUAAAUUCUGUUGAUAGAUUUGGUAGUAAUGUAUUAAUUGCUGCUGUUAGAGGAGGAAGUUUAGAUAUAGUAAAAAUGUUACUUGAACGUCAUGCUGAUGUUAAUCAAAAAGAUUCAGAUUAUCGUACACCUCUUCAUUUGGCUGUUGAUAAAAAUUUUGUUGAUAUGAUUGUACUUAUUUUAACAAAAAAUCCAAAUUUAGAAGCAAAAACAAAAGAUGGUGAUACACCAUUAAUGAGAGCCGCAAAAAAUAAAAAUAUAAGAAUUAUGAAUUUACUUUUGAAUGCUGGAAGUAAAGUUUCAACAACAGAUCAAUAUGGAAAUAAUUGUUUACAUAUUGCAGCAAAAGCUAAAUCAUUACAAAUGAUUAAAUUAAUAUUAAGUAAUCCAUCAGAAUCAAGAUUAUUAUAUUCUCCUAAUAAUUUUGGUGAAACACCAUAUUCAAUUGAUCAACAAAAUUCAAAUCCAAUUCUUUCGCAAAUGUAUGGUGUUUUGGAUAGUGAAGCGCAAGUUAAUUCAUUAUUGGGUUAUGAAAUUUAUGCGGAUGUAUUAGCAGAUAUAUUAAGUGAACCAAAAUUACAUUUACCUGUUACAGUAGGAUUUUUUGCAAAAUGGGGAACAAGUAAAUCAUUACAUUUACCUAAAAUUAAAAGAUCUUUAAGAAAUUUUUCAAGAAGUUGGUUAGAUGGUGUUGAAUUAACGUGGUCAUGGACAAUAAUAACAUUUCUUUUUCUUGUUUGUACCUUUUUAACAUUACCUAUUACAACAUUUUCAGCAAUAUUUCAAAGAAGUGAUAUAACUUAUGGAAUUUUAUCAGCAGGAAUAACAAUAUUUAUAUUAACUGUUAUAGCAUAUCUUAUAAUGUGUUUUAGUAAUGAUGGUUCCCGUUGGUCAACAUCAAUAAAAUCAUCAAAAGGUUUUACAAAAUUUGUUAUGGAAUUAAAAUUAAUAUUAUCAAUAACAAUGUUAAAUGUUCCUUAUCUUUCAUCUAAAGAACUUAUUAUAGCACCAGUUACUUUUCUUUUUGCUGAUGAUCAUAGAUUGUCAUAUGUUGGAACAGAAAGAACAAUAGCUACAAUUUUAUUAACAUUACAUAAUGUUAUUGAAAAUCAUUUUGGUAUCAUACCAACAAGAAUUUUAUUAGGAACAAAAAAAAAAUUUGGUAAAUCUACUGAUCAUAAAUUUAGAAAUUACUUAGGAUUUCCUGUUAUAAUAUUAUCAUUAGUAAUAUGGAUACUUUUUUUUCUAUCAAAUUUUUUUUUAACUCAAUGUAUAAUUAAUUGGUCUCCUGAUACAACAAAUUCAGGAAUAUUUUUAGGUGCUGUUUUAUGUACAACAUUACUUCUUGUUAUUGGAACAUAUCCAUUUAUACUUAUAGUAAAAAAUGUUUUAUUUAAUAGACGACAACGUAAAAUUAAAAAAAUAUCAUUUGUUUCACCUAAAAUUGGUUUUGAAGCAACAAUGGAAAAACUUAAAAAUGAAGCAACAUAUCUUUGUGAACUUAUUGAAGCUUUAAAUUGUUAUAGUCAUAGUCAAGUAAGAUUAGUUAUACCAAUUGAUGGUAUGGAUAAUCAAGAUCAUAUUCAUAUGGUUAAAUUACUUGACUCUAUGCAUUCAAUUUUUGGAUCUCAUAUAAAAGCAAAUUUUAUUGUUAUUCUUGCUGUUGAUCCAUAUGCUAUAGAUACACCUUCAUUAGGAAAUGUCAAAACAUUUGAAUUAUCAAAAGGUAGUACAGCUCAUGAUUAUAUAAAAGAAUAUGUAACAUUACCAUUUUUUCUUCAAAUACAUGCAUUAAGAGAAUUACAAAAAAAUAUUGAUAGAAGAAAAGAUAUAAUAAGUUUUAAUGAUGAAAUGGUUUCAAAGAUAGAAACAAUUUCUGAAAUUGAUGAAUAUAAGAAAAAAAAUUAUAUAAAUUCACCUCAAUCACUUCAUUUAUCAUCUUUAGGAACAUUUCUUGUUGAUGAUGAAUAUUUUGCAACAUUAGGUCCAACAGCAUUAAGAAGAAUUGUUAAUUCAUUAACUUUAACUGCUCGUCUUCUUCAUUCUUAUGAUGUUAAAUUUCAAUGGAUAUCAUUAGGAUUUUGGAUAAGUUUAGUUGAACAAUGGCCAUAUCGUAUGUGUUAUUUAAUUGAAAAAUUUUCUAUUUCUGAGGAUGAUUCUAUGACAUUGUAUGAUUUAUGGAUUUAUGUAAAAGAUCGUCUUCCAAGAAAACAAAAUUUAUUACUUCUUGAUACUACACCUUCAGAAUUUGAUUCUGUUUUAAAAAAAUCAACAACUGCAGUUGAUGAUCGUUUAACGAUAGAAAAAGCUAAUAGAUAUAUUCCAUGUACCUGUAAUUUAGAUCCAUAUUUAAGAAAAAUUGUUAGUGUUGAGAAGGAUGAUGUUAAAAUGGAUGAAAUGGCAGUAAACAAUUCAGAAGCCAUGUUAAGAUAUACUUCUAAUACAUUACUUAAAGAUCCAUCAUUAUGGAAUAGAAUUGAUAAACCAUUAUAUGAAAUGACUAUUGAUGAUUUUAUUGAAUAUGUUGAAUAUCUUGAUAUACCAGAAGAAAGACUUUCAAAAAUAACAAAUGUUUUAAGAAAUGAAAAUAUUAAUGGAAUUGUAGUUUGUACAUGUGAUAUUAAUAAUUUAAAAGAAAAAUUAAACUGUACAAUUGGUGAUUGGACAUUAAUAAGUUUAUUAAUUGAAACAAUAAGAAGAAUUACAAGUGAACAAAUAACUAGAACUAAUUCUGCUAAAGCUGCUGCAACAAAAGUAGCUACUGAAUCAGUUGAACAAGCUAAAAAAUUAAUUGAUCAAAUACCAGGAAGUGCUGAAGAAGAAAGAUUAUUACAAAAAAAAUUUUUAAAAGAACAUAAACAGAAAAGUUUAGAAAUUGUGGAUGAGUAUGGUCACAAUGAAUUUGUUAUAAGAAAAUUAUCACAAAAUCCUAUUAUUGCUGCAUUAAAUUUUCAUAAUAAACAGGAUAGUAUAGAAAUGGAUGAUAAAGAAAGUAUUAAAAGUCUUUUAGGUUCUGAACAUAGUACACGAUCUAAUGAAUUAGAUGAAAAAGAUCCUUAUUCAGAAGUGAAUAGAUUAUUAUAUAAAGAUAAAUAA